GAACAAAAAUCAGAUGUCAAAAAAGACGCCAGAGGACACGGUUCUGCAGAUGAAGAAGCACAUGCUAAAGCUCCUCUCUAAUCAUGAUUACCCUACCUUCUGCAAGAACGACCAAAAGAAUGGGCAGAUUGAUGUUGACAUCUCCAAAAUGCAUCGAUCUUAUCUGGAGGAACAUGAACCACAAGCAUUUGAACCACCUCCCAGCAAUGAUCCUAAUAGAGAAUAUAAACCUAAAGUGAAACAGUGGUUAUAUAGAAAAAUAUUUUUAGAUGAAUUCAAGACAUUUGAAUACAAUGCAUGUAAACGUCACAUCGGAGACCUAAGACGUAGUAUAGAGAGCGUUAUGAUCCAGAAAAAGAAAAAGGCACCUAAGCCGAAGCCUCCUGCUCCACCGCCUCCACAACAACAGCAGGCGAUGCCACAGGACUACAGUAUGAACAACCAUGCUCUCAAUAAUGGUGGACCUCAAGAUAUGAGUCGCACUGCCAUUCCUCCAGGAACUAUCAUAGCUGCAUCACCACAUCCACCAGCAAGUACAGCACCAGGGGGAUACCAGCCCAAUCUGAUGAACCUUGGUGUUGAUACCUCAUCCACACCUGUAUCAUCAAUGGCCACUAUGGGUGCGACCUCUACACUUCACAACUCCUUAGCUACGUACAUGACGCAGCAGGUUCAACCAAACAUACUCUUUGGUCUUGGGCAGCAACAGCAGCCACACCACCAGCAACAGCAGCCUCUCAACUUGCAAACUUCACACCAGGGACAACCAGCCAUGCAACCUCCACCUCACCAACCUCCAGGAACAUCAGCCGCACCAACGGCUGCUCCUCCACUACCACUAAAUUUGCACAAUCCUUAUUAUGUGUCUUUGGGUCCAAUGUUGCCACUACCUAUGUCCACUCCACAGCAUAACCAUCAACAGCAAUUCCAACAAAAUAUGUUGCAGCAACAGCAAGGCAUUCCUGGUGGCUUUAAUCAACAUACCAUGUACCAGUGA